AUGACGAGAAAAGCUGCACGGUACAUCAUAGUAGAAGGUGUAAUGUAUAGAAGAGGCUUCUCCAUGCCACUACUAAGGUGUGUAACAAAAGAAGAAGUUGCACGAAUCCUAUCUAAAGUACACAAAGGAUUAUGUGGUAAUCAUGCUGUGGGGCAAAGUUUAUCGAAGAAAAUUCUAAGACUUUUGCACAAGAUUGUCUCGAACAACGGUAAGCAGUUCGAUAGCCAGAUGUUCAUAGACUUCUCGACACAUGGAACCAUCAAAAGUUUCUCUGCAGUAGCACACCCUCAAACAGAUGGGCAAGCCGCAGUAAACAAGACACUCAAAGACACCAUGAAAAAAGAGCUUGAAGAAGCUAAAGAGAACUGGCCGGAGGCACUGCCAUAA